AUGUUGCACACGAUUGGUGGAAGUAUGUGUGAGAAGUGGACACGAGAAAAUAAGAACAGGAAUUGGGAGAAUUUCGUGAGUGAAUUCAAAACCCAAUACAUCUCACAAGCUGCAAGAGAAGCUAGAAGAGAUGACUUUUACCAUCUGAAGCAAGGAACACUAAUUGUGGCACAAUUCGAGUCCCGGUUUAAUCGGUUAUCCCAAUAUGCGACAGGGCUGUUUAGUACUAAAGAAGAUAAGUUGUAUAAAUUCACUAGAGGCUUGAGGCAUUCCCUGCAGCAGAGUCUUCUUACAGUAAGGAUGAACACAUAUGCUGAAGCCGUUGAGGCUGCCACCCGAAUGGAGAGUUGGAUGGCACGUCUAGGACAAGUCCAAAAUAAAAGUGGUAAGAAUUUUAAGAGGCCAGCACCAGGGCCGUGUUCUGAAACCCCUCAAAAGUUUCAGAAGCCUAGUGAAUCAAGAAAAACCCCAUCCGUCAAGAAUGCGCCCCCACUAUGUUCUCACUGCUCCAAGGUAGGGCAUACUCCCAAUGACUGCUGGCGAAAGUUGGGGGAGUGUCUGAGAUGUGGAAGCUCUCAACAUCAAAUUAAGGAUUGCCCAAAGAGCGGAGCUCCGGCCGAUAAUCGAGUUGCACCGGUGAAGCCUGGAAACAACUGUGCUAGGGUACCAGCAUGUGUGUUUGCUCUGGCAGGGCAGGAAGCUCCAGAAGCGGCUGACGUGGUGAAAGGUACAUUUCUCGUAUCUAACCACUUUGCACGCACAUUGAUAGACCCAGGAUCAUCUCAUUCAUUUGUUGCUCCUCAAUUUGCACAAAAACUGAAUGUGUCUAUUGAUUACUUGUCGAGUUGCUUUGAGGUAUCAACUCCUAUGGAUGCAUAUUAA